ACACCAUGGAUGGUGGCGGGGGAGGCAACAACAAGACGACGGGGGGAUUGGCCGGCUUUUUCGGAGCAGGCGGCCCAGGUUACUCCCACGCGGAUUUGGCCGGCGUUCCGCUAACUGGUAUGAACCCUCUGUCUCCUUAUUUAAAUGUGGAUCCUCGAUAUCUUGUGCAGGAUACAGAUGAAUUUAUUUUACCCACGGGAGCUAAUAAAACUCGGGGCAGAUUUGAACUUGCCUUCUUUACUAUAGGAGGAUGUUGUAUGACAGGGGCUGCAUUUGGAGCAAUGAAUGGUUUGCGGCUAGGACUGAAGGAAACCCAAAACAUGGCAUGGUCCAAACCAAGAAAUGUACAAAUUUUGAAUAUGGUGACCAGGCAAGGGGCACUUUGGGCUAAUACUCUUGGUUCUCUUGCUCUACUCUAUAGUGCAUUUGGUGUUGUCAUUGAGAAAACUCGAGGUGCAGAAGAUGACCUCAACACAGUAGCAGCUGGAACCAUGACAGGAAUGCUGUAUAAGUGCACAGGUGGUCUUCGGGGAGUAGCACGUGGUGGUCUAGCAGGACUAACACUUACCAGCCUCUAUGCUUUAUAUAAUAACUGGGAGCACAUGAAAGGCUCUUUGAUCCAGCAGUCACUCUGA